AUGUAUUAUUUCUUGAUAUUCUUUUCUAGUGUACUGUUUCUACAACAAUCACUUGGAGAGCAAGCCGCUUCAAGAAACUCGACUCGCACCAAGCGUAGCCCUUCCAGCUUUCGUUUGGCCUAUCUUCAAAGGGAAUUUGAGGAUGAUGAAGAUUUUCACAAUUCCGUUGGACGGGGAACGAUCUCUGAUCUUGACGGAAACGUGCGCAGAGAUGAGGUGAUGUCGGAUGCGCGAUGCCUAGAGCGAUGCAACAAUCAGCUCAACUUUGGAAUGGAUAUGGUUAACGCUCACAUGGCUUUUGGGAGUAUCGAUGUACCGUCUGUGAUCGGCGAUCAGGAUUUGGAUCUUUUUUGUCAUCUAGAUCAUCAACAUUCUGAAUGUAUUGAUGAAUGUGGGUACUCAGUUCAAUUCAAUCUCCGCGAAUACGUUUGUCGACAAAGAAUCGCUGAAAUGAAGACUUAUUUGUCUUGCUAUGCCGCAGCGGCGCCACUUUUAACGCGACACUGUCGACCAAGAUGUGGCGGCUAUACGGCACUCAAACACACGCUUGAUGGAUAUGCUAAUAGAUGUCGCCAACUUCUUUGUGAUCAUGUUUGCACAGAGUUUUUGCUCCGAAAAGUUUGCGGCUCAACCCGCGGCAAGAAAGCGUCGAGAUUUCUACUCGAUUUCACUAAAUUGCAGGUGGACUAUUGGAUUCGCGACUACGCCAUCCAGAACAAUCAAUUGUUGUCGAAGACUUAUCCAUCCUCGUGUGCUCGACUUCAAUGCAAUGAAGAACAAAUCGGGAAAUGUUUACCGAAAAGUCGUAGGAAAAGAAGACCCGAGUAUCGAAAAAGGAAAAGGAUUCGACGAUUCAGAUUUAGACAAAGAAGAGCUUUU